CCCUGGAUUUGCACCAAGAAUGCUGCUGCUACUGCUGCUCUCCACGGCUUUUCUCCCGCUGCGCUCCUCUCGGGUCAUCGGGGGUAAGGAAGCCUUGCCCUCCUCCAGACCCUACAUGGCCUACGUGCAAAUCGGCUCUGCGGGGAGCUGCGGGGGCAUCCUGAUCCGGGAGGACGUGGUGCUGACGGCGGCUCAUUGCAGCUGCAGCCUGGGCGACUUCUUUGUCUACCUCGGAGUUCAUGAUUUCAUGAAGCCAGGACAGGACUGGCAACGGAUCCAGGUCCGUCGCUGGGUCCAGCACCCCGACUUCAACAACGAGAAUUUAGACAAUGACAUCAUGCUGCUGAAGAUGAGACACAGUGCGGAGCUGAACGAAUGGGUCGGGACCAUCCCUCUACCAGAGGCCGAUGUCCCUGUGGUCCCGGGCUCCAAGUGCAGCGUGGCCGGGUGGGGUCGGACUGGAGCAAACACCAGAACUGACGUUCUGCAGGAAGCGGAGCAGGAGGUGGUGUCCGACAAUGUGUGCAAGGACCGGUACUGGCAUUACGACCCCUCCCUCAUGCUGUGUGCCGGAAGCCCCCUCGUCAAGAAGGCAGCUUUUGAGGGCGAUUCCGGCGGGCCCCUGGUGUGUGACGGCGUGGUGCAGGGCAUCGUCUCCAACGGAGAUCCGGACGGGCGCCCCCCCAGCAUCUACACAAGGAUCUCCAAAUUCAUCCCUUGGAUCAAUGCAACUUUGGAGAAGUUGAGUUGAAGGAGACACUCCACGUUCAAGGGCCCAAUUGCCCAGACGGGUCUCCAUACCUGUGGGGAACUCUGAGGGAGUUUACAUUAGAAUAUUUAUAAUAGCGUUAGAGAAAUAUCAGGAAUGGGUCCGUCAUGAAACACUUUUGGGGCUAGAAACACCUUUUGAUAUUAGAAAAUUUGUUCUGUUGCAUUGUCACCCCAAACGGCUGGUCAAUAUUUGGGUCCUACCGAUGGCCCGGCUGGGAGCAGAAACUGGAAAUCAUUUUUGGUAUUUACUUUGAUGCAAUCUGGUUUAUCGGCGAGGAAUAUCGGAAGAAUUCCCUGAACACAGGACUCAAAUAGCAACUGAGUCGUCCCCCGUUUGCUGUCCCAAGCCCAGCCGAGACUGUGUGCCCCAAAAGCUACCUCUGACGCCACAAUUGUGUUUGCCUGGCUGUUUGACUCUGCAUUUCCCUUCCUUCCGUUCUCGGGUCUCUCUGUCUGUGCUGUGACUGUCCAAUGCAAAUGCCCAUGGCCCAAGACCAAUAAUCGGUGAUUUUUUUUUCCUCCUGAGUUUAUAGAAGUGUGGGAAUUCUAUCAAAGGCUCAGAGAGGGAGCCACACUGGUCUGUAACUGGAAACACUUUUAAAAAGUAACAAAUAUUCUCGUCGCAUCUUAGAGAUGAACAAAACAUGUCGAUGGGAUCAUGCACAUUUGAGGGCACAGCCCACUUCUUCAGAUGUAUUGAGGCUUCAGAGGGGGAGCCGUGUUGUUUUCCAGUUACAGACUCUUAAAUAAAAUAACUACAACUUUUCAGCUUGUAACUUGAACAAUCUAAUUCACUAUUUUUUUUCUUAUUCUUUCCUCCCCUCCUUCCCUUAUUCAUUCUUGGAUCUGGCUUUUAAUACUCCAGUCAUCUGAAGACGUGGGGUCUCAUCUACAAGGGUUUUCCACCAUCAAACUCCCUACCUGGCUUAAAAACUUUCUUUCACUGAGCCAGACAGGAGCAAAGCAGCCGUGUGGCUUAGAAGGCCAACCUGCCAUCACAAAGCAUGGACAGUCGGAUUUCACAGCACAUCCACAUUGGGUCCUCAAAUGGCCGCGUUAAAAAAAAAAAAACGUGAAAUUUCAAAGACUUUGUUUCACACGUUUUGAGCCGGACCCAACGUUGGCUUGUUUUAAGGGCUAUUUUUUCUGUUUUCCUCUCCUAACCCCCAUGUCUAUUUAAUUAUUUAUUAUUGUGAUUCUGAUGGGAGGGUGCAAACCCCACAAAGGACAGGAACCCAGAAAGUGUCGCUGGAAGAGACGGGGACAAGAGAAAGACUUGGGUGGAACAUGUCCAAAAUAGAUGCUUGUUUGAAAAAACAAACGGUGCUUGAAAGGGAGAAUGAAAGUCAUUUUUUUCUGAAUAAAAACUUUUUCUUUGAA